GUCGAGAAAAGCUUCAGCAUGUUUAUAAUAGUUGAUAUUUGCUCUAGGUGAAAGAGUAUUUUUUACUUCAACCUUCCAUAAUCAGGGAUAGUAUUAGCUGGUCAAGCCGUAAUCUGUUGUAGAAGUCUGAGGCAUUUUUCUUUUUGAGUUUUGUUGGCGGGAUCUAAUCAAUGAUUCAGUUUCACAUGUGGAUUUACCAAAAAAUAUUCGCCGUAUUCUCGAUUCAAUCGAUAAAAAAUUACCAGAUGUAGAAAAUUUCACUGAGAAUGACAGAACGAUAAUUCAACAGGCAGCACAUCGUGCAGUAGAUUCGUCGCUACUCAGUUUGCUCGAAAAAGUUGGCGCAAAUGAUGAUGAACUAUUAUUAAAUUUAAUUCGAGGAUAUAUUACAAAUACUAAUGAUUUGGCACAUAUAUCAUCGGAUGAAGAUGAAUUGAAGAAACUCAAUUUUCCUUCGAUUAUUAUCAAUCGUUUAAAGGAGAAACUUGAAUGUAAACGUAAACUAUUAGCACUCGGUAUUGAUGAGUCAACAAACACGGACCUUUUUAAUUCCAUUACUGCUCAGUAUCCCACUGUAAAAUUAUUCAAAUCUAUGCCAUUUAAACAGUUAACCAAUUUGUGCGGAUUAGCGAAUGCAACACUCGAUCAACAGCAAACGUUACAGAAUUUAUGGAUUGAAGAUGUUGCUUUGAAAGAAAACUUCCGAAAAUAUAAUGUACCAUUAACUCUGAUUGACAGAGCAAGAGAACUUGGUGUAACAUCAGUAGAUGAUCUGACAACCGAAAAUAUUCAAGAAUUUACUAAAUCGUUAGAACAAAAUGGUAUUGAAGCGGAAAAUGUGUCAAGAGCUAAUUUAAAACGUUUAU